GAAGUUGGGGGGAGUAGGAGUCCGGUUGGUGAAGCUGGAGUUGAAGCCCUUUUUCUGAGGAGGUCGGAAGCUGAGGGCCUCGAGGACCACCGUGGGAGAUGGGAACCCGGUUCAGCUGGCAGCCCCAGCGGGGUUUGCAACAACGGGAGAUCUCUACUGGGCUCUGCAGAGGAUGGUGGGGUGGAACCCUAGGCUGCGAUCCUGGUAGUCUGGCAUCAUUUGCAUUUGAACACUGAGAGCUGGGGUUGAGCAAAUAAGAGGGCCCUGCUGUCCCUGCCAGAUCCCCGGUCGAUUCCUCUGCAGGAGGCUGUUUCUGAUUUGGGGGUCCCUGUGGGCCCAGCAGCCCCGCCCCGAGCAUCUGGGCCCCUUGCACAGAUAUCAACACUGAGGUCUACGUAGAGUGUAGGACUUGCCACGAGGCCUGUAGGGAAGCUUGGUACUUAGGUCUCCGGACUCCUAGGGACUGGGUGUGAGUGGGGUGGCCUUCCUUUGCCCUCCCUGAAGAAGUGCCUUUGCCCCUGGAGGUGGGGGGAUGAGGGUCUCUCAUCAGAAUUCUGAAGACCUGCACCUUUUAGUGCCUUAACCAAUCUACUUGUGGGAGAAGCUGUUUCCUGAGCUGUUUCUUUGGCCACAAAAGACAGUUUCAAUGGAUGGCUUCCUGGUUCCACCCAACAGGCACCGCCAUCUGCUGGGAAGCCAUGAAAGCUCCCACCAGUCAGGUGCGAGCCAUGCUCCAGGUUCUUUGGCAAGGGCAUUCUGUCCUCUUAUUCUCCCCAUUUUACAGGUGCUGGGGCUGCUGGUGUGGGCCCUGAUUGCCGAUACCCCGUACCACCUGUACCCAGCCUACGGCUGGGUCAUGUUCGUUGCUGUCUUCCUCUGGCUGGUGACAAUUGUCUUCUUCAUCCUCUACCUGUUUCAGCUGCACAUGAAGUUGUACAUGGUGCCCUGGCCGCUGGUGUUAAUGAUAUUUAACGUGGGCGCCACCGUUCUCUACAUCACGGCCUUCAUCACCUGCUCUGCCGCCGUCGAGCUGACGUCCCUGAAGGGCACCCGGCCGUAUAACCAGCGUGCGGCUGCCUCUUUCUUUGCAUGUUUAGUGAUGAUUGCCUACGGAGUGAGCGCUUUCUUCAGCUUCCAGGCCUGGCGGGGCGUGGGCAGCAACGCAGCCACCAGUCAGAUGGCUGGUGGCUACGCCUAGGCCACCUGUGCCAUGGCCCACCUUGGGGCUGAAGGCUGCAGCUGGGUCACAGCUGGGUCACAGCGCGGGGCGGCCUGCAAGCCCGAGGCCUGAGCCCUUUGUGGAGUCGGCCUGGGAGGGACUACGCCUGUUCCGCACUGCUCCUCAGACCCGGGCUCACCCAGCGCUCCUUCGGAAUCGGGAUCCUUCCUCUGGUUUGGCCGAAGUCGGCAAGCGCCUGGGCUGGAGAGAGGCCCAUGGCUGACACCACCUGCCCGUCCCCCGUAUUUAGUGGAAGGUGACGGGGGACGCGGGGCUCUCCGCUUUGUCUUUAGAGACUCCAGUGUCCAAGGCUGGAGCCCAGUCUUCUCACCAACACUAAAUACACUAACGAGGACUCCAGACCUGCAGCCGCUGGCCCACCGUAGAAUAAGCCUAACAAGCCGCGCGUAUUUACCUUAGUUUUUGCCCUGGGACUGCAGAGCGAGCUCUCUGAAACCGGCCUCAUUCCUUCAACCGCAAUUCUGACCUGACCCUCCCUCCCUCAAGCCAACAGGUGGCUUCUAGGGAGUCAUCUGUGGAAAGAGGGUUAGGAUUUCUGACAGCAUGGUCAUCCUUUUCCUGCAUUUCAAACAUACCAGUUAUUUAAAGCAAUCGGUCUUAAGCAACUUCUCAGCGAUUAAAAACCUGGCCAGGUUUCCGUCCGGUACCCAAGCCCUUGUUUGUAGUAUCCCCUCUGGGAAAAGCUAACCGUGCCACCUGCUUCCCGGACGCUGUUGAUUAGGCACAUGGCACAUGGGACAUGGAGGAGGGAGGGACUCAAGACCUUGCCUGGUAAGUUGUCCCGUGCUUGGUGACUUGGUUCUCUUUGGGUUUUUUUUUUGUUGUUUUUUACAAAAAUAAAGCUGGAAGAACCUAUUUGGAAAA